AUGGCAUUUCAGAGUUCUGCCCAAAAGUGGGAUAGCGCGGGGAUUAUCCUAAAUGCCUUUCGCGCAUACGCUUCCUCGAAUACGAAACCUACGCCGGCCGAACUCGAGGCUCGAAUUGCUGCGAUUCCCAUCGAGAGAUACCGAAACUUUUGUAUCGUUGCGCAUAUCGACCAUGGAAAGAGUACCCUGAGCGAUCGAUUGCUGGAAUACACGGGCACCAUCUCGGCAAGCGAUGCGAAUAAACAGAUCCUGGAUAAGCUCGAUGUUGAGCGCGAGCGCGGCAUCACUGUCAAAGCGCAGACAUGUACCAUGAUUCACAAGUACAAGGGCGAGGACUACCUGCUUCAUCUAGUCGAUACACCUGGCCAUGUCGAUUUCAGAGCCGAGGUUACGAGAUCCUACGCCAGCUGCGGUGGUGCACUGCUUCUUGUCGAUGCAUCGCAAGGUAUUCAGGCGCAGACAGUGUCCAACUUUCACCUUGCAUUUGCGCAGGAUCUUGCGCUGGUGCCAGUUGUGAACAAGAUCGACAUGCCUGCUGCUGAUGUCCCUCGUGUGCUACAGCAGAUGGAAGAUACCUUUGAGUUGGAUCCUGAAAGUGCCGUCUUGCUGAGCGCAAAGACUGGCAAGGGUGUACCGGAUGUUUUGCCUGCUGUCAUUGAGCGGAUUCCUCACCCUGUCGGCGAUGAGAAGAAGCCGCUGAAAAUGAUGUUGGUGGACUCAUGGUACGACAACUUCCGUGGCGUCGUGCUCUUGGUUAGACUGUUUGACGGUACGAUCAAGGCCGGCGACAAUGUCAUUUCCAUGGGUACUGGUAUGAAGUACACUGUUGGCCAAGUAGGCAUUCAAUACCCCCAUGCCAUACCACAAAAGACCCUUAGUGCCGGUCAAGUUGGAUACGUCUACUUCAACCCAGGCAUGAAGAAGAUCCAAGACGCGAAACUAGGCGACACAUUUACCUUCCUUGGCUGCGAAGACCAGGUCGAGCCCUACCCAGGCUUCGAAGAACCCAAGCCCAUGGUCUUCGUCGCCGCGUUCCCCACUGAUCAGAGCGACUACAGCCGUCUGGCCGACAGUAUCGGCCAGCUCGUGCUGAACGACCGUAGCGUGACUUUGCAGAAGGACCACUCCGAGGCGCUCGGGGCAGGUUGGCGUUUGGGAUUUCUGGGCAGCUUGCACUGCUCUGUGUUUCAGGAUCGUUUGAGACAGGAACACGGACGAAGUGUCAUCCUCACGGAACCGACAGUCCCGACCAAGAUCAUCUGGCCUGACGGAACGGAGGAGAUCGUGGCCAACCCGGCACUGUUUCCGGAGUCGGGCAACCCGAAAGUUAAACAGUCCCAGCUGUUAGAGCCUUAUGUAACAGCUACCAUCACUAUGCCGGAGGAGUAUCUCGGCCGAGUGAUUGAGUUGUGCGAAGCCAACCGUGGAGAACAGAAGAGCCUUGAGUUCUUCCACACAACGCAGGUUAUCCUGCGGUAUCAUAUUCCGACGGCUCAGCUAGUCGAUGAUCUAUUUGGAAAGCUCAAGAGCGUUACCAAGGGAUACGCAACACUGGAUUACGAAGAUGCAGGCUGGCAACAAAGCAGCUUGGUCAAGAUCCAGCUUUUGGUGAACAGACAACCUGUCGAUGCUAUUUGCAAGGUUGUGCAUUCAUCACAGGUUGACCGCCUUGGAAAGCAGUGGGUGACCAAGUUCAAGGAGCAUGUUGACCGACAACAUUUCGAGGUUGUUAUUCAAGCUACAGCGGGUAACCGUAUCGUAGCACGAGAAACCAUCAAGCCGUUCCGCAAGGAUGUGCUUGCCAAGCUUCACGCUGCUGAUGUGUCACGAAGAAGGAAGCUGCUGGAGAAGCAAAAGGAGGGAAGAAAGAGGCUGCGUGCCUGUAACAUCAUGAACAUAUGA